AUGCUUGUGUCGCAAAAACUAAUCCAGUCCAUGGCUAUUAUGGUCAUCAUUGUAUUGUCGUUGGCCCGAUGUCAGGAGAAUGAGAGAAGGGCAGUGGCUGAACACCAGUUUAUGCAUGACCGGGGGCAGGCUGUGCAGAGUCUGAAGAGGCUCAUGUGGCUUUCCAACACCAUAGAGGGGCUGCACACUGCCCAGGCCAGGACCCUUCAGCUGGAGCCUGACCCCACAGAGUGCGGGCACGAGGGCCCCCAGCAGUGUCUGUCCCAGCAGGAGAGAGAGGUUAGACACAGCACCCUGGCAAGCCUGCUGCAGAUUCUGUGUGACGUCCACAAGCCCCACCUCACCAGGCUUCCAGAAAGCAAGAAAUAACCCCCAGUGAGAAAGGCCACUGCCACCUGAUAGAUCAGAACUGUAUAGCAGAGCAUGCAUUGUGUUUGUCAUUUCUCCCCUGGAAUUCGAAUGACUUCUUUCUCAUCCCGUCCUUCGUGUAAUGGGAUUUCAAUGAACCUAUGUAAGUCCAACCAAUUUGGUGGUAGCUUGUGAGCAUGCCAUAGAAUUGAGACCUUACCAAUAAGUUAAUCAUUAGUCCCAGCUUUCAUUCAUUUUGUUUGAUUGACAUGCGUGGCAGGUAUCUGGAUAAUUAAUUACAUUUCUCUUCCAAAGAAUUUCAGUGUCUCAUGCUGUACCACCUUCUUUCAGUAUGUCAUGUGAGAGAAUAGAAAAAGUAGUGAAUUCAGUUUAAUCAAAGUAGACAAUACUUUGAAUACAAAAAAGUAAGACUAAUGGAAAUUAAUAUUCAAUGUUUUGGUAUUGACCUUUUCAAUCAAAUAUCAAUAUGCUUAUGUGCUGUGUAUAAGCGUCUACACAUAAUGCGCCUUGUGGAAUAAUUAAUUGCAUCUUUUCCACAAUGUCAAAAUCGUUAUUUAUUGUUUUUGUUCAUUGUCACUGAAGAGUGUAAUUAUUAUGAAUUGAUUAUGAAGUAAAUCUAUCUGCAGAAUGAUUGAUUUUGUGAGAUUAUUUUGACGUGAGCUGUAGCCUUUUCUUGCUACUCUGUUUUCUCAUUGGCUGCUGAAGGUCUUACCUG